AUGACGGUGGAUUGGUCGGUCAAGGACAUCAAGGCACUUGCUUUCAGUUCUCAAGGGAUAGAAGUGAAGCAUCCGACGAAGGUCCGACAUGCUCGCACUGAGAAGGAAGCAUGGGGACCACUACGCGACUACUACAACAAGACAAACCUUCAGAAUCGAGUACCAAUGACACGUUUAUUGCACGAAUUUCGCAUGCAUGAGGGAGGCGACAUGGUGAGCCACCUUGGCCGUUUUGAUGAGCUUUUUCUGAGUAUGGAGGCGGUGGGCGAUGCCAUGGACGAAGCACGCCAGAUGACAGUUCUGCUGAGUAGCAUACCGGCAAAGUACGAGAUGAUUGUGUUCACUAAUGAAAAUCUCGCGGGUGUGACGAUGGUAAAUGUGAAAGAAAAAGCUGUUGAAGGAGCACAAGAAGAAGUAGCAGCAAGAGGUAUCGAAGGAGCUUUCCACGUUGGUCGUGGGGGACAUAAACAGGAUCGUGGUCGUGUAGUGCGCCAAAAACGUGGUGCAUAA